CUCUAUCACACAUUUACCCGGGAGUAGAGCAUCUGAACUAUUGCUGUGCUUGGAUCUCAGAGUGACAACAUCACAUUGACAGUCUCUGGAAAGCAAUAGCCUGAUGAAAUAUUAUUCUUUAUAGAAAAAGUGUUCACUAUUGAAUAGAAUAACAUAACAAUAAUUUUAGCAAUAACAAUAAACUUAAUUUUUUCUCAGAUGACAAUAUUAGCUGAAUGUUGAAAGACAACUGAAGCCUAGUUUUAAGAUUGAAUUGUUUGGAGACCAAUAUUUGGAUUUCAUAAAGACGCAAAAUGGAGAGGAUUACAAGUGCGCAACCUCCUCCUUGUAUGGCAAAACACCAGUCGCAGGAGAUGGCAGACAUGCAAGGAAAGGAUUUCCAAAAGUACGUGUCCAAACACCGAAAGGGAAUGAAGCGCGUGGAAGACAGUAAGGAGACAUACAAGUUACCCCACCGAUUGAUUGAGAAGAAAAGACGUGACAGAAUCAAUGAAUGCAUUGCCCAACUGAAGGAUUUAUUGCCAGAACAUCUCAAACUCACAACUCUAGGCCAUUUGGAGAAAGCUGUGGUGUUGGAACUCACCCUGAAGCAUGUGAAAGCCCUGAGCAAUCUCCUGGAACAGCAGCAGCAGAAAAUCAUUGCAUUGCAAAUCAGUGAUCAGAGCAGUGUUAGCUCAGAGAACAGUGAGGAGAUGUUCCGCUCUGGCUUCCAUGUCUGUGCUAAGGAGGUCCUCCAGUACCUGGCUAACCAGGGGAGCAGCAGAGACCACCUGACCCCCUCUGAAAUGAUCAGCCACCUCCACAAAGUAGCAUCAGAGGUGCUCCAGGGUCCAUUCAGCCCCCGGUCCAAAGAGCCCACCCACAAACCCAUCGAUAGCAUGGAGAAACCUGCUGGUCAGAUGCCUAAGGGCAAGGAGGGUCACCCCAAGAACUUUGUGUCUGUCAUUCAAAGGACAUACCCCCACGGACAUGGAGAGCAGAGUGGCAAUGACACAGACACUGACAGCGGCUAUGGAGGGGAACACGAGAAACGGGACCUCAAAGCCCAACGCUCAAGCUACUACGGCAAGGAGGGGGAGCUCAAAUAUGCUCUGGCUGAGAGGAUGGCAGGAGGUGGCGUCAAGCAGGAGGGUGCCGAGCCCCAGGCCAAGAGGUUAAAAGCCGACUAUUCAGAGGACGAGUCUUCCUCUGGGCAGGUGGUUAGCAGCCAUCACAGCUACAUGAGCUUCUCCCAACACCAGACCCCUCUCUGCGUGCCCUUCUACCUCAUCCCCCAAGCAGCUGCAUCAUGGCCCAUGAUGGAGAAGUGCUGGUUCCCAGGGGGCAUGCCCUUUUUGUACCCGGGCAUGAGUGUCUCAGCAGCCAGCUUGUCUCCAGAGAAAAUACCUCAAAACGUAGUAAUGUCUCCCAGGGCAGGUUCCCCGACACUCUACCAAGCACCAAUGGACUCACCAGCCCUCCUUCAAGCUUUAAAACAAGCCCCUCCAUGAACUUGGAAUCCAAAGACUGAUACACUUUUGUGUUUGCACCCUGCUCUAUGAAUGUUUGGGGUUGAACGGAUCGCCUGCUGGAAGGCAUCCAGGUUAGCAAGGACAAACACGAGAGCACCAGUUUGUCUCACUCAGCAACAGCAGCCCACACUCACCCUUUGAGAGCAAACAACAACUGUCACACACAAACCCAGUGGCCACAACCCUCCAAACCAGCCCACAGAGCAACCUUGGAGCCAGUCAGCACUGAAGCUCUGACCCUAUGGAGGCUCACAGAUGACCUGUUGCAAAGCUCUGAGUCACUGUGAAGAGCUGGUCUACACAAGGACAUGACAAAAGUGGUUAAGAGAGGAACUUACUGUGGGGAUGGCUUCCCUGCACUUGUGUUGAAUGUCAGAGUUAAACCCUGACUGUGAUGAGCAGACAGCACAGCCCCCAGCCAUUCAGACCUGCCCUUUGCACACACACCGGUCUGUAAUGAAUGUAAGAAUUUAACAAAACCCCUGUAGAUGCUGCUUGAGAUUCUAUGUAUUUUAGAUGUGCGACCGGAGGAUCCACAUUUUCUGCACCUAACUGCUGAAACUGCAACGGACCCGCCUUUAGGCCAGAACGCUACCAAAUACGUCUCUGGUUUAUGUUGACCAGGGUUGUCACAAAAUCCAUUGCUCCCUCUUCACCCACCAAGUGUACCCUACCCUGCAGCUAAAUGGUUCUCCACUGGAUUUUAUUCUUUAGAAAAGGUCAGGAUGGUGUCACCGGACCUGAUAUGUGUCACUCAUGUAAAUAGAGGAGUGAUGCAUUCAGUUAUGCAUUUUAGUUUUGAGUUUGUAAGUCACUACCAUUCGUGCAAGUAGUUCUUGUGAGGUAAUGUCUUGUAAUUAUUUUGUUUAUACUACUUGUACAUCUCUAUUUUUGAUACAUGACCUACAGAGUGUUUUUGCAUUGUAACUAGAGGGAGGGAAUUUAGAUGUCCAUGUUGCUGUUUGCCAAGAGAAUGUGUAUAUAGCAUUGUGCUAGACCUGAUUUGCAUCAUGCUCAUUAUUCCUUUCGGGUCUGGUCAAUUUCUGGCCUGAUCUUAGUUCAUGCAUGAUUUUGCUUAAAGCAGACAAAUUAUGGCAGAUGCCUAAAUGUAUUUGUAUCAAUUAUUGAGGCUGUGGCAAAGAGAGGAGAGUGAAUGUAAUGCUACAGCAAAAUGUUAGUUUUGUAUAGGAUGAGGUACUUCGGAUUUUCAUUUUGGGACAUAACAGAAGGUUGGUUGUUGUACAUAUUUUGUCUAUAAAGUAUUGUUUACAUAAAGUUUUUUUCUGUGGAAA